AUGAGACUACCAGUGUGGAUAUGCUAUUUCCAUGUUUUUGCAGGGUUAGUCACUUCUCGCCCUGUCGAAUAUCAACGAACCGCCCUGCGCGAUACACGAGAUCUAUUAGGAUUGCUUGGGGACGACGCGAAUGUCCCCGCUAACGCAAAUAUCAUCACUCCAACAGUCACAUCAACCGCUGCUACUCCAGUUCCAACUACGACCACCGCCGCCAUUGAGACACGUGCAUCCCCCACGCGCGUUAAAAUGACAGCGGCAAGCACAGUGGCGAGCGGGGCUUCAGAGCAUAGUGUUGAAGCCACGUCUUCACAAGCUUCAGCCAGUACCACAUUCCCUUCAGUAGAGUCUGCACCCGAAUCCUCAUCCACAUCCCUGAGUAUAACCUCAUAUGCCCCAGGCGUACUGGAAGACGCGUCGACGACACCACCAGCCGAGCUAAAGCAGUGGAAAGUCAUCGGAAUAGCGGUGAUCACCAUCACGUUCCUCGCGGUCCUUGCAAUGGCGAUCUCCUUUUUUGACGCGUGGUGGGGAUUUGUGCGUGCAGCAAUAUGUGGGAAACGACGAAAGAUGGGCUACGGCGGGGAGACAAUGAUACCAGACUGGGAAAAGAGGAGCUGGGAGUUCCAGUUGGCUAAUGAAGAUGGGCACCGAUACCCAACACUGGCAUCACUGGAAUCGAUUGUGAAAGAAAAAGAAAAAGCGCGUCCAUUUGCGAGUCUCGAAGGUGAAAAAAAAAACAGCUUCGCCUGA